CUUUGGGCCCGGCCUAAUAAAGCCCAUAUAGUCUUAGUCGCUCUAUCCCCUCUACUCUUCCAAUCCGAUAAAAGGCCUCUUCUUCUCUAUCCUCAAAACCCGUCUCUGUCGAAACCCUAGAAAUCAAAAACCCUAAUCCCAAACAGUAUGCAACAACCCUCGUCUCCCACCUCUCUCCCCUCAUCCCCAUCCCCGUCCCCCUCUCCUCCUCCUCCUCCAUCCUCCUCCACCAAUGGUCCCGGGAAGAAGCCGAAGCUCCCGAGCCCGGAGGAGGUGCUCGCGCACUACGAGGCGCAGGGGCUCGACCCCCGCGCCGCGUCGCUCAAGGUCAUCGGCGAGCUCCAGUCCCUCCUCUUCCGCGCCCUCUCGGGGCGCCGCGGGAAGAAGGACCGGUUCAUGGCCGACGCCGUGCGCAAGCUCGACAACGUCAACACCCGCCUCGCCAUCGCCGAGAUGAAGCUCGACUCCAAGCCCUCGCGCGCCGAAGCCCUAGCGAUCGGGGUCGCCGCGGGGGCGCUCGUGCGCGGGGCCGAGCACGUGCUCCCCCACGUGCUCGGCGCCCUCGGGGCCCUGUGGGGCUCCGUUGCGGCCUCCACGGGAGCGUCGCCUCAUCCUCCUCCUCCCCCUCCGUUUUCUUAGAUUUUUUUUUUUUUUUUUUGCUUCGUCGUCUUCUUCCUCCUCCUCGUCGUAUAAAUGCUUUUGUUGUUGUGGGGUUUUUUUUUUUCUUUGUAUUUUUUUCUCGGAAAUCAAAUUAAGUUUUGCGAAUUGGGAGGUGAAUGGAUUGUACCCGGGAAAUUUACCUUUUGAUCUUCAAUGAAGUUCUAAUGUUGCGUCUA